CUUGCGCGCCAUGGCUGCUGAAGGUCUUCCGCUGGGCGUGAAACUGCUGGCGUUUGUCCUGACGUCAUGCGGUCUGUCGUCGGCGGACCGGUCAGUGCACUUCCGAAGUGCGGUCAGCCGCAACGCAACGGGCCACUGGACCGUCAGCACAGCAGUACUGCACGAUGGACAGAGACGGCCCGAAGAUAAUGAACAGACAAUAGUGUGGGGGACAUACGACUUGUCGUUUACGAGUCUGUUACGGAACAAUCAGCAGUCGCUGGUGACGACUAUUUUAGUAACAGUUCCUCCUGAAGUCCAUCCAGAUUACAAAUUGUACGAUGGAAUCGGAUAUUACAAAAUUCACAAAAGAGGGUCAUACUGGAAUGAAGCAAAUGAAACAUGUCGCAACGAAGGUGCCCAUCUGGUUGUCAUCAAUUCCAAGAGGGAGGAAGACGUCGUCAAAGGCAUUGUAAAAGACAGUGGAACCGAAUGGGCCUAUAUUGGAUUGCACCGUGAUGAUAAAGAGGAAUUUAGAACCGUUCUCGGUGACUCUCUCAGCUCCCUCCGAUAUCAGAACUGGAACUCCGACCAUCCCAGGUAUGUCUCGGGCGAAAACUGCGCCAGCGUCAGCUACGAAGGAGUCAUCGACGACGACAGCUGUCGCAUCGAGAGGUACUUCGUCUGCGAGGUGCCGCUCUAGCCCACCCAUCUCCACUCGUCGUCGUCGUCGUAUUCUCGCACACAGUACUGUCUUCAAGCGUGUGUAAAACUUGUUAAUUUAAAUAAACUGUUCUAAUUUCAUUAGAUAUAAUACAACUUUCCUGAUUUCGUACAACA